CCCAAAAGCCUUGGAGCAGCCCUGGCCACACCACAUUUAUUAUGGAUAUCAUAGAAAUAACGUAGCCUACAUAAUAAUACUAGGACAUAACGAAAUAAAUGAAUUACAAUAUUUGUAAGAGGAUAACAGAACAAGAGUAGGGAAGAGUAUUGCUGUGCCACUAAAUUAGUGUCAUGUGCAGCCUAAAUGACUAAAGCAGCCUGGCUACGUAGAGUGGCUAGCAUUAGCCACACAGUGUUUGUAUUGCAGGCACAGCGGGACAUUUUAACAAUUUAAGUAAUAUUAGUGUUCCAAUAGCAACUUUGUUGCGGCGUUGACUGGGACAACGUAUUUUGCCGGGGGGCGUGUGGCUGCAACACGGCAGCCGAACGACAGGCCGUAAAUGGAGCCAGGGACAUCGAGUGAAAUUACCAACGGCGCGGGGUUGCCUAGACCGAGCGGUCUUCGGGAAGAGACCCCGGGGGAAGAGGCGAAAGGCGGAGAAGCGAGCACCGUGAUGGCGAGGCGAAGAGGAGCGGACGCAGACACCGCGGAGGAGCUUACAGCGCAAUGUGAGGAGGAUGAACCGGGGAAACGGAUUCAAACCGGAGGAGAAGAAGAAGCCGGCAAACACGAGGAGGAAUUGGACCCAAGGAUUCAGGAGGAGCUGGAGCAGCUGAACCAGGCCAGUGAUGAGAUCAACCAGCUGGAGCUGCAGCUGGAUGAUGCCCGGUCCAGCUACAGGAGGAUCCUUACUGAUUCUGCCAGGAAGCUCAACGCUCAGGGCUCCCAGCUUGGCACCUGCAUUGAGAAAGCAAGGCCCUACUAUGAAGCCCGCAGACUCGCCAAAGAGGCCCAACAGGAGACCCAGAAGGCCGCUCUCAGAUAUGAGAGGGCUGUUUCCAUGCACGCUGCUGCCAGAGAGAUGGUGUAUGUGGCGGAGCAGGGCCUCCUGGCUGACAGGAACACCAUGGACCCAACCUGGCAGGAGAUGCUUAACCACGCCACCGCUAAGGUGAACGAGGCGGAGGAGGAGCGCCUGCGCAGUGAGCAGGAGCACCAGCGCGUCACACAGCUCUGCCAGGAAGCCGAAGCUCGAGUCCAGACCCUCCAGAAAGCCCUGAAGAAGGUCAUCCUCAAAUCCAAACCUUACUUUGAACUCAAGGCUCAAUUCAAUCACAUUCUGGAGGAACAUAAGGCUAGAGUAGUACAGCUGGAGGAGCGGGUGGCGAAAGUGAAAACACGUUACUCUGUGGCCCUGCGGAACCUGGAGCAGAUCAGCGAGCAGAUCCACGCACAGAGGGGGCGAAUCAGGGCCAGCAGGGGGCGUCCUGCAGUCUGCGGGGGGCGGAGCUCCCCUGUGGGUGCUGAGGCUGAGGUCCAAGCCGCCACUGGGAUUCCCAUCGGGAGCAGCAGUGUGGGAUUUGGCGGAAUAGAGAGCAACUGGGCGGACGGUGAGAAGACCAGGCUGUGGGUGGAGAGGCACAGGGAAAGCGGCUGGGGCCAGAGGGAGCGGCUGGAGGCGGAGCACGCCACCUCAGACUGCAUGUCAGUCAUCAGCCUGCAGACCAUUGCCUCUGACCUGGAGAAGUGUGACUCGGUGGAGCACCUGGGUGACCUGAGCGAUGCUGGGAGUGCGCUGGCGGAGGAGUGGGAGCGCGACAGAAAGCCUAAUGAGAGGCCAGGCAGCAGGGCAACAGGGGCCGAGGGGCCCCCACAGGAGAAGGGAGGGGUUACCAAGGAGACGCAAGAGAGCUUCAACAAGCAGCACCACAGAAGUGUUAGUCUAUGAUAGUCAGCCGGAGGACCAAGCUGAGGAGAGAGGAGGAGUAAUGGUGCGUGUCCACUGGCAGCGUCAUUUCCACACUUCCCAGUCAUUGUCUCUGUAAGCAGCCGGGCAAUGCAUUCUGGGAGCGUCGCGGCGACUUUGAGAAGCUGAGCGUUGAGUUGCCCGCUCCAUAUUUGCAUAAAGUUGAAUCCAGGCUACUUUAUGUAAAUCAGAGGCGUCCAGCUCAGCUCGCCGCCUCUCAAAAACUCCUGAAAAUCUUUUAAAGUGACCGUUGGCGAUCUAAAAUGAAGACCAGAUUCAGCAGCUGCAGAUUAUUUUUCUCAUAACAUGUUUUCAGGAACACAUUUCGGUGAACUAUUUUCGUAAAAUAAGCAAACGUUCCCAAACGAGCCGUCAUGUUGGUUUCUUUUGAAAUCACGAGUGAAGCGUUCGUCCAAUCAGGUGCAGCCAUCGAGGUUGUAGAAGGCUGAGCCUGUUUUCUUUGCUUGUCAGUGGUCAGUGAAGAGAAACUGACAACUGCGAGUGGAGAGACCAUCAAUGGUCGAGUCCAAUGGUGGGAAGCGGGGCGAUGCCUGCCGUCAAACGACGCCACAGUGGACACGUACCGUAAGGAUUAUGGCGAGCUUAUGAUGAGGGAACAGAGAGACAAAGAACCCUGAAUGAAAUGUGAAAUGGAGAAGCUGAUAGUGACACAGCACCGCCUGACACUGCAGUUAGGAAUAGCAGGAAGCGUUGGCAGGUACAUGGGCCACACACUAAUGAAUCUCUACAUGACAGCAAUAAUAUGAGAGAGCAGUCCUGCAGAGAGCACUGACCUCCCCUCACUCUCCACUCUGCUGCUCCACAUGCUAAAACGUAAACAAAAGUGCAUGAAACAAGUACAAACAGGCAGUUUAGAAGGAAUGCAAACACGUCUCAUUUAUUUCAUGUCUCCACAGACAAUUUAAAAAAGUUGGUACCACUUGUGUUUUUGGGAUGGACAAAUGGGUCUCUCCGGUUUGUUAUAACUUUAGUUUUUAUUAUAGCUUUGGCCAUCAUUUCUACACUGGAUUUACUGAAGUAACUGUUGAGAUCUGGGAACACGGAAACACAAGCAGUUAAAUGGGUUGUACAGUUUAUCCAGAUUACCUAAACCACCUAGUCUGGCUAUCACCAGACCAAGUUCAAUCUUUUAAGAUUGAACAUUAGUCUGGGUAAUCUGCUCUGUAUUUUCUACUGCACAAGAGGCAUA